AUGGAGAGUGACUGGGAAACCAAUAGGAAAGUCAGGCUAUGGGAGUCAACCAAACAAGCUAACUUCUCCAUCAUCACAGAGUUCUUCUUGGUGGGAUUCUCCAAUCUUGGAGAUGUCCAGCUUAUCCUGUUUGCUGUUUUUCUAUGCCUGUAUCUGAUCAUCCUGAGUGGGAACAUCACUAUUGUCACUGUCAUCCACCUGGACCGCAGUCUCCACACACCCAUGUACUUCUUCCUUGGGAUCCUCUCCAUCUCAGAGACAUGCUAUACCUUUGUCAUCCUGCCAAAGAUGCUCGUCAAUCUUUUGUCUCUAUUCAGAACUAUCUCAUAUAACAAUUGUGCUGUUCAAAUGUUCUUCUUCUUGGGCUUUGCUGUCACGAAUUGCCUGCUCUUGGGAGUGAUGGGCUAUGACCGUUAUGUGGCCAUCUGCCAUCCACUGCGAUACCCUGUCCUCAUGAGCUGGAAGAUUUGUGUACAACUGGCAGCUGCUUGUGCUGUCCUUGGCUUUCUUUUCUCUCUCACAGGCACCCUCUUAGUCUUCACUCUCCCUUUCUGUGGUCCCAACAAGGUCAACCACUACUUCUGUGAUAUCUCUCCAGUCAUUCGUCUUGCCUGUGCAGAAGCCUACAUCAAUGAGCUGGUCAUCUUCAUCGGUGGAGUCAUUGCACUUAUGGUGCCCAUGACUUUCAUCUGCAUUUCUUAUGGCUUCAUUGUCCGCACCAUUCUGCGGAUCCCAUCAACAGAAGGCAAGAGAAAAGCCUUCUCCACCUGUGCCUCCCACCUCACUGUGGUCAUUAUCCACUAUGGCUGUGCUUCUUCUGUCUAUCUGAGACCCUCGGCCAAGCACUCUUCUGGCAAAGACAGGCUGGUGACAGUGACCUACACCGUGGUCACCCCACUUCUGAACCCCAUGGUGUACAGCCUCAGGAACAAGGACGUGCAGAUGGCCAUUCGCAAAGUGAUUGGUAGAGGAGGGUUUUACCCUAAAGGUCUAGGAUGA